UCAGCGGGCUUGUUACGUCACAGUGACGAACUGGGAGGAGGUCGCCUCUGCCCCGCCUCUGCCCCGCCCUUUAGUUUCAGGAAGCAGGAGCAAAACACAAACACCGAGCAAGCCGGAGUGCGCAUGCGUGUGUUCCGACCGGUUCCGGAAGUCACGUCUGCGCAGGUUGAAAUAGUUGCCAGGAUUCCCCGUGUUUGUCUUUCACCUAACCAGCAUUUAUUGUUUUGUGAUGCACUGAAAUAAGCUUCUGAGGUACAAAGAUAAAGAUGUAGCCACCGUACUCAAGGGAAAACGCUCAGUUGUUUCUUUAACAUCUGGAAGUAAAGCAGCUGUUUAGAAGAUUAGACCUUAAUAAGGAUUUUCGUAAAUCUGUAAAGGGAUUUUCCACAGAGUAAUGUCUUCGGCCCCAAUAGCACCUUAUACAUACACACCCCUAAAUCUACUUAAGGAAGGCACUGUUGUCAAUGUCUGUGGUGUUGUGAAGUUCUUUAAGCCUCCAUACUUAAGCAAAGGAACAGAUUAUUGUUCUGUUGUCACAAUUGUGGACCAGACAAAUGUGAAGUUAACGUGCAUGCUCUUUAGUAGAGACUACGAUGCCCUUCCCAGCAUUUAUAAAGUUGGAGACAUUGUUUGCUUCCGUGGACUGAAGAUCCAAGCAUAUAAAAAUGAACUUCAGGGAAUCAGCAAGUUUGGCUUUGCAUCUCUGACAGUUGAUGGCGCCUUAGGGGCUCCUGUCGUACUGCGCACUGUAAGCAAGAGCUUUAACUUCACUGCUCAGGACCACAGUAUGGUAGAAGCCCUGCGGACUUGGGCAUCUACACACGUUCCAGCUUCUUGUAACACGCUGCGGCUUUCUGAUGCUCAACCCAUGCAGUAUUACGACCUGACUUGUCAGCUCCUGGGCAAGGCAGAAGUGGAUGGCGUGUCCUUUCUCCUCAAGGUAUGGGACGGCACCAGGACGGCGAUUCCCUCUUGGAGAGUCUGUGUACAAGACGUAGCUUUUGAAGGUGACUUAAGGCACAUUCUGCAGCUAAAGAAUCUGGUGGUAGACAUUGUUGUUUAUGACAAUCACGUCCAAGUGGCAAAGUCCCUAAAGAUUGGAAGCUUCCUUAGAAUCUACAGUCUCCAUACCAAACUCCAGCCAGUCAAUUCAGAGUCCACAGCUUCCUUGGUAAGACUGGAAUUUCAUCUUCAUGGAGGAACCAGCUAUGGCCGGGGGAUCAGGGUCUUACCAGAAAGUAACUCUGAUGUGGAUCAGCUAAAAAAAGCUUUAGACUCUGUAGAUUUGGAAGCUAUUCAGACCUCAGAUGAUACCUAUCAAUCAGACAAUGUGGAGAAUUAUUUAACAUCUUCAAGCUCCGAAUCAGACUCAGUUUCCCUAUAUGAAGUGGAAAGAUGUCAACAAUUAUGUGCUACAACACUUACAAAUUGCCAUUAUUUAGAGAAGACAUCAUUGUGUGAAAUAUUGAAGCAAAGAGCUCCUCGACAAUAUCGAAUCAAAGCAAAAGUAAGAUCAUACAAGCCCAGAAGACUUUUACAGUCUGUUAAACUUCUUUGUCCUAAAUGCCAUUUAUUGAAAGGAAUUCCGUAUGAGGAAAAUGUGGAUAAAAUUUUGCAAGAUGCUGCAGUUACAGCCCCAGACAGCAGGCUGCAAGAUACACCGUUAUAUGACUCAGAAGUCUGGACCACUGAAGGCCAAGGGGGACGGCAGGUCGCUGUCCAUUUUGUGAAAAAUGAUGGCAUCCUUCCUCACUCAAGUGAAUGUCUAGUUCUGAUAGAAGGAGGACGGCUUUGUGAAAUCUCUAAACUGUCAAGCAUGUUUCACAGUGUGAUCCCUGUGAGGUCUGGCCCUGAGGACCUGGAGCUCCUAGAUCUUGAAGCACCAUUCCUUAUCCAAGGAAUGGUGUGUCACUAUGGAUGUAAACAGUGCUCAAACUUGAAACCCAUACAAAACCUAAGUACCAUUACUAAUAAAAGACUAUGGAUUCCUUCCUCUGUGGCAGAAGUUCUGGGCAUUGUACCUCUACAGUAUGUGUUUGUUAUGACUUUCAUGUUUGAUGAUGGAACCGGAGUACUGGAUGUCUACCUCAAGGAUUCUGAGAAGUUUUUCCAGAUCCCAGCAUCAGAAGUCCUCACUGAUGAUGACCUUCAGAGAAAUCUGGAAAGAAUAAUGAAUGUCAUUUGUCCUCCAGGAAUAAAAAUAGAUGCGUACCCGUGGCUGGAGUGCCUCAUCAAGUCCUACAAUGUCACGAGUGGAACGGAGCAUCGAAUUUGUUACCAGAUAUUUGACACCAUGGUCGCAGAAGACAUCAUCUAGUGCUGCUGUUCUGUGCAGUGGGUGGCGUGGGGGUUAUAGUCCUACAAAACGGUAUGACUGUGACUCUAGAAAGGCACUCUCUGUUGUUGAGUUAUCCAUUCUUAUUUUCACCAUAGUUUUAAGUUCUCUUAUACAGAAAGAUAUUGUAUUGUUAUUUAUACCUUCUUGUAAAUAUGCCGAAAUGUCUUUUUUCUCACCAUGCCCAGAGUGACAACUAGAUUACAAAAUAAGGCCAUAUUUUGUGUGGAGAAACCCAAGUUUUCAUUUCCCCUUCAGGGAACCUCUGUUGUUACCAGACGUUGGAGGUCUGUUUUCUGCACAAGACACUUGGCUUUGUGCUGUUCACUGACCCUCUCUAGCUGGGUUUAUAGUCUUGUCCUGAGUCUUAUACAAGAGCUGAUAGUAAUUUGAGUGCAGCACAUCCUGUUCUUGAGUCUCUUAGCUCAGAGGCGGGUACUGUUCUUUCAUCCUCUCCCAUUUUACUUCAGUUUUAUACAGAGGAAUUGCUUAGCCAGUCCUGGUGUAAGAAAUCUUCCUGUGCAUUCACAUGAGUGUCUUGCUACCCGAGUUCCCCUUGAAUGAAGUUUUGUCUGAGUUACUGAUGUACUAAAAGGAUCUUUACUGAGCCAUGGCAGAAUUGUUUUGUUUGAUGCUGUGUCGUCCAUCUUAGGAUGAGUCUAUCACUGCGAACCAGAUGCUAUAUUUGAUUUCUGCUUCUCUCUGUAAAUACUAUCUAUUAUUCCAUCCCACAUCAGCUAAUGGAGGUUUACGAUGGUGGAGAAUGAAAUGUUUAAAAUAGUGACUGUUCAAAUGAGUGCAUUUGCUAAAGAGGGAGACUUAACACACUAUGAAUGAGAAAAAAAUGUAAACAACAAUUAGCAGCUGAAGGUGGGAACUCAUAGGUGGUUCUAGGAUGUAUAGAAUUUGUUUGGAAGGAUAGGGAAUCAUAUUCUCAAUAUUCCAUAGUCCCACAUAGUCUUCUUGAUGCUGUCUUCCUUCCUUCUUUC